UUCCUGACAUGGCUGAUGAGAAAGACGAAGAAAAACCAACAGCCAGCACUGUGGCUCUCCAGGAGACUGGCCCCAUACGGGACCUAAGGCUGGGUGACAAAGACCUUUGCAUUCUACCUGAAAUGGUUGUUGAGCAAGAAGAAGAGGGACCAAUCACGUGGAUUGUGGAAGUCCAGGAGUCUGGCCCCAUACAGGACCAAAGGCUGGAUGACAAAGACCUGCCCUCUCUACCUGAGAUGGCUGAACUGAAAGAGGAAGAACAACCAACAGCAAGCACUGUGGCGCUCCAGGAGACUUGCCCAGUGCAAGACAUAGGGCUGGGUGACAAAGAGCUGCCCACUCUACUUCAGAUGGCUGAUGAUAAUGAGGAAGAAUGUCCAACCACAUGGCUUGUGGCUCUUCAGGAGACUUGCCCCAUUCAGGACGCAAUACCGGUUGACAGUGAACUGCCCGAUCUACUUCAGAUGGCUGAUGAGAAAGAGGAAGAGAGACCAAUGACAUGGAUUGUUGAUGUCCAGGAGACAAUCCCCAUGCAGAGCAUAAGACUAAGUGAUAGUGAGCUACCCAAUCUACCUCAGAUGACUGAUGAGAAUGAGGAAGAAGAGGAACAACCAACAACAAGCACUAUGGCUCUCCAGGAGACUGGCCCCAUACAGGACAUUAGGCUGGGUGACGAUGAGCUGCCCACUCUACCUGAGGUGGCUGAUGAGAAAGAGGAAGAACAAGCAACAACCAGCACUGUGGUUCUCCAGGAGACUUACCCCAUAGAAGACAUAAUGCUGGGUGACAAAGACUUGCCCACUCUACUUCAGAUGGCUGAUGAGACAGAGAAAGAAAGACAAACCACAUGGCUUGCGGAGGUCCGGGAGACUUGUCCCAUACAAGACAUAAGGCUGGGCGAUAAAGACCUACCCACUCUACCUCAGAUGGCCGAUGAGAAAGAGGAAGAGCAACCAACAACAAGCACUGUGAUUCUCCAGGAGAGUUGUACCCUACAAGACAUAAGGCUGGGUGUUGGUGAACUUCCCAGUGUACUUCUGAUGGCUGAUGAAAAAGAGGAAGAGAGACUAAGCACAAGCCUGGUGGCGCUCCAGGAGAACUGCUCCACAGAACACAUAAUACUGGGUGACAAAGAGCUGGCCACUGUACUUCAGAUAGCUGAGGAAAAAGAGGAAGAGAGACCAACAACCAGCACUGUGACUCUCCAGGAGCCUUGCCCCAUACAAGACAUAAGGCUGGGUGACAAAGGCCUGCCCACUCCACCUCAGAUGGCUGAUGAGAAAGAAGAAGAACAACCAACAACCAUUGUGAAUGUCCAGGACACGAGCCUUAUUGAAAGUGGCAGGCUGGGUGACAAGGAACUAGACACUGUCAGUCAGAAGGAUGACCAGGAAACAGAAGCUGUCCCAACCACUAGCACUGUGGCUCUCAAGGAGACACACCCCAUGGAAGAGGGAAAGCUGCAUGUCAUAGUAUUGCACACUCCCCCUGAAAUGACUGAGGAGGAAAAGGAAGAAAGACCAAACUUAAACAUUGUGGCUCUUCAGCCAAUGAGUCCCUUUGAAAUGAAAAGGCCGGAUGACCUAGAAAUGCCUACUAUCACUUUGGAGGCUGAUGGGAAAGAGGAAGAGGGACCAACCAGAAGCACUGUGGCUCUUCAGGAUACACCCGGCAUUAAAAGAAGAAAGCUGGAUGACAAAGGCCAGCCUGAGAUUCCUAAAAAGGCUGCCAGGAAACAAAAAGGAGAACCAUCUUCAACUGUCACAGGUUUCCAAGAGACACAUGCUGUCAAAAAAGGAAGGCCUGGUGCCAAAGGACUGCCCAAGAUUCGUGAGAGAGCUGGUAGGAAGCAGAAAGAGGGAGCAGCCACAAGCAUUGUGUUUCUCCAGGAGACGCAUGCCAUCACAACAGCAAGGCUGGGUGACCAAGAACUGCCCACUAUCCCUCAGAAGACUGGCGGUGCAGAGGAAGAGGGACCCACCACAAGCAUUGCAGCUCACCAGGGCACACACUCCAUCGCACAGGGUAGCUUGCAGGAUACACAGCUUCCUAUCAUCCCUCAGACCAGUGAUGAGAAAGAGGAAGAGGAACCAACCACCAGCGUAGUUGCUCUCCGGGAGACACGCCGUGUUGAAAAGCAAAGGCUGCUUUUCACAAGACUGCCCAAGAUGCAUCAACAGUCUGGCAGAAAAAGGGGGAAGAGGCCAGCCGUAAGCACCGUGUCUCUCCAGGAAUCACGCCCCAGCAAAAAGCCAAAGCUGCAUGACCGAGGACCACACAAGACCCCUCAGAAGACCAUCAGGGAAGAGGAAGAGGGACCAAGAACAAGCACUGCGGCUCCCCAGGAACCACGCCCCGCCAAAAAGCAAAGGUUGGGUGACAAGGUACGGCCCAAGAUCCCUCCACAGGCUGUCAGUAAAGAGGAGGAGGGACCAUCCACGAGUGCCGUAUCUCUCCAGGAGACGCAGCCCAUCGGAAGUGGAACACUGGUGUGGUUUAAAUUUCAAGAUCACCCGUACUGGCCGGGAGUGGUCAAGAGUGUCAACGAGACAGACAAGACAGCCCGGGUGCUCCUGAUUGAGUACAACCUGCGCCACGAAAAGCGCGGCAUUCAAGUUCCUCUGCGGAGGCUGAAGCACCUGGAUGGCACAUGGAAAGACAAGUUCCUGAAGAGAGCCCAGAAAGUGUAUCAGCAGGGUGUGAAGUGGUGCUUCUCCUUGAUCACCCACUACCGAGAGAAGCUCCGCCGGGGCUCAUUCAAGGGUUCCUUCCUGAAGUAUUACACCACCAAAGCCAGCUACCCAAUCAGAAAAGUCAUCCGACAGAGUGAGGUGGACAUUGCUUUUCCCAAGGUGAACUAUUCUGACCUGGAAGACUUGGAGGAGGAGAUCUCCCUGGUGGGGACACCAUCGUACAGGAAAAUCCUUCCUGACCGCAUGAAGGCCGCUCGCGACCGAGACAACCAGCAGCUGGUGGAUUUCAUCGUGAAGAAAAAGGGGGCCGACAGCCACCUCCUGGACAUCCUUAAGGGCAGGAAGCAGUCCAGGUGGCUGACAUCAUUUCUCAACUCCGCCCAGUAUGUUGUCUGUGUCGAGACAUACCUGGAAGACGAGGACCAGUUGGAGCUCGUGACAAAACACCUACAACAAGUCUGCCGACACAUAGAUGAGAGGCUGCAAGCUCUGGUAAGAGACCAAAUCAAGUUUGUUCUGGAAGUCCUCCUGCCAGAAGCAAUCAUCUGCUCCAUUGCUGCCAUCGAGGACUUGGAUUACAAGAGCGCAGAAGAGAAGUACCUGCGAGGGCCCCCGGUGUAUUCCCGUGAGAAGGAACUGUUUGACAAAAAUAUCUUAAAGAAAGUGAGAAGGAAGUCAGCAGCCACGUGUGCUGCGAGCAGCUCUCGGGCCCUACCAGGCUCUCAGUCGGCCGCCUCCUCCUCUCAGUAACCCAGCACAGCGCCUGCGGGGCCCCACUCUACCAUGCAGGACUCGGUGCUGCAAAGCCAGCACCUGGACAACAUGCGCACCUGCUUUCGGAUCCAGCUCUACUGCUUGUGGGGCACCACACUCCUGCACCUUUCCUCUCCACAAACUAGUCACCAGCCACUCUACACACGGUUGCCUUGCCAUCCACCCUCACGUGUGGAAUCAUUCAGAUGUUCCAAAGAAAAGGCCACGAUUGUCCCCAGCACAACUUCUUGAGGACAAGUGGGAUUUCCAGAGAGAUUGCCCAUUCCAAUGGCCAUGCCACCACCUUCCAGACCUGGAGCACCUUGGCACCGAAACAUUGCCUGACCUUGCAACUGUCAGCAUUUGGACCCUCUUCCUAGAACCACCUGUCCUCGCUCUCCUCCCGCCCCCCAACCCACACACACCCCAGGAACAGCAGCCAGGGUCCUCAGUUACAGGCCUGCUACUCCAUCCACACCAAUGAGUCUGGGCUGGCUGCCCAGGCGUGUGCCUACCUUGGUGCAAUUUGUAGGGAAGCCAGCACUUUGCUCUGCAUUCCACCUUGUCCUCUGUCUCACACCAGCUCAGCUUCAUCUCCCGAAUGGCUCUUCAGCCAGCCCCGACAGAUUUCUCUGGUGCAGACUCAGACCGCUAAGUCAUUCCGGCCCGCUCAGGCAGUGGACAGGGUGGGCUGCCCAUGGGAAAAUGCCUUCUAGAAAUAGCCUCCAU